AUGCAGCCGAUUAAAAUCCUCCUGAGCUUGUUUCUCCUUCUCUCACUUGCUGCUUCAGUCACCUCUUUCGUCUCCAAGAUACCCAAGUGCGCAACGCAACCAUUACAAACGCCGCACCUAUGGCCCACAUCUCGCGACGAAGCCUUCACGGCGUCCCCAAACAUCGGUCACAGACUGCUAUGGCUCGCCACCAAGGCCAGUCAUGCUCCUGCCAUUGAGGCGCUUCUGGAUGCCGGUGCCAGUCCGCUUGGGGUCGACGAACUGGGCAACCCGUCGAGACGGACCUUCGUUGCGGCCAGUAUUCGAGGCGACGUCCGAAUCGUGGAACUCCUUGUCGAGGCUGGGGUAGACCCGAACAUGUUCCUGAUCGGUGGGCAAGAUGUGCAGCCGGACUGGUAUACAUGCCCUGAGCUCGAGGCAUGGCAGCAUGGAUACUGCCAGCCAAGCCCCUGUGAAAGCACCUACCAAUACGAAAAGAUUACAACCCCAAUCACCCUUGCCGUUGAGAAAAGUCGCACGGCACUGGUUGAGUGGCUUUUUAAAACGGGCCAGAUACAUCUUUCCAAACGAGGAUACUACCGCAAGUUGGAGGGUUCUCUGUUGGAAAUGGCCGCAGGUAUUAGCCAUUUGCCGACAUUCGAGGUGCUCAUGCAGCACUGCGACUUGAAGAACGGAACAGACAAUGACCAGCAUCACUUCCGAGUCUCAACUUUAUUGUAUAGAGCGGGAGGCACAGGUGAUUUUGAUUUUAUACAUUAA